ACGUGGUCCCAAUAAUAUCUUCCGUUACUUUUAAAAAGGCUGCAAGUAAAUAUUCAGAGGACAGUUCGACAAAUGUCUAUGUAGUGUAAUAACCGUUUUCGAAAUGACCCACUGGAUUUUUCUUAUAUCAACAUUGGCUGUGGUUUACUGUAGACCUCAAGAAUCACCAGCAGUGGAGAUUGAAAAACAGCAUGUCGUCGAAAUUUAUCCCGAAUCCAAGCAAUUAUUUCAAGAUUCGAAAACGACCAAACUCACCGAAAAACAGCUAGAAGAGAGUACCAAACAAAUCUUAGAAAAAAUAGCCCUAGUCAACGAAAAGCAGGGUCUCACAAAGAAGAAACCAAAACCGUAUCAACAUUUCCCUUUUAGUUACCUCAGAUCUCAAGAAAAUGCCGGCUCUCGAGAAUCCACAGACUUCAAAUUUCCAAGAGAUCCGUUCACCAAUCCUAUAUUGGACUACAUAGAGGGAAAACAUGGCAAUGCAGAACUUAAAAUCCCAGAAGAUGUGACCCCAAACGACAAUAAUGAAGCUGACGAUGUUCCUCCUGGUCAUUAUAUUAAAAGAAAAAUCACGCACCAUCAAACGAUGAUAGUUCCUAAUACUGGAUAUUUCCAAGGGAAUAUGUUUUCACCGUUGCAACAAAACGUUCAACAGUAUCUUUAUGGGAUGCACAGAAUGCCAGAGGUUGUUCAAAAACCAAAUUACAAUGUAAUGACGAAAGGUGACCUGGAAAAGCAGACUGUUGACAAUAUUAAAAAUAUUGUGGAAAAUUCACGUUAUGCACCUGAAAUGCCUUACAACCCAUACUCUCAACCACUAUUUACCCCAUACAUUUAUCAGCAGCCUCAGCAGUCUGAUAAUAUUAAUGUGUACGGUCCGUAUACGUCUCAACAAAUUUAUAGACCUGGAAAACAGCAGUUGCAGUGGCCUCUUGCACAGUAUUUUCCCAUUGUUUUUAAAGAUCCAUUCAUACAGCUCAUGAACGCUUUUACAUCCAUGGUCGAAUAUGGACCACAAGCAGCCCCAGGAGAUUCAUGUAAGAAAGAACUACAAAACAAAGACUUACUUGGAACAACCCCACAAGAGAGAACCAACGAAAAUAUAGGUUCGUCGAGAGCAAACCAAGUACCAGAUAAAAAACUCACUUACAGUCUUGUUAACAAUGGUAAUGGUGCGGAGAUAACAGUAACAAAUGAUAAUGAUUCAAAUUUAACAACUGUCAUUGAUAUUGAAGACUUGCAAAUUACCGACAACAGGAAUGAUCCAGUACAACUAAACUUAAACCUCCGACAAUCUAAACAAAACCAUGAAACUACACAAACUGUAUUCUUAAAUACGCCUCAAGCAGCGGCAUUAUUGAAAAACCCUGUAAUUGAAACCCUCGAAAUAACGAAAACUGAACAACCUCUUAAUGAUACCUCGCGACAGUCACCGCCAAUCAGAGAUCAAAUUCUUUUCGACGACGAAGUCAGUAACGAGGAAGAAGAUAAAGCUGAAGAUAUUCACGUGUCUCACCACGGAACCAAAAAAUUAGUCAGUAAAGAUAACACAGGAAGUGGGAUUUUUGUCCACAAGAUCAAAGUAAGAAAGGGAGGUGUGGCCAUUGCGGGACCUGGAGGUAUUGCGACAGCAGGAAGUGGUGGUACGGCUAUAGUAGGACCUAACGGAUUUGCUUAUACUCAUCCAGAUAGCUUGGCUAUUGCUGGAUCUGGCACAAAAGUGGUAGCUGUAGAACCCAAUAUCAACUUGUCUCAAGUGAUUCUGGAUCAUAAUAGAAACAAAACAAGAGGGGAUGGUCAUUUACCACCACGACUAGGAAAAAUAGUAGCUGUGGGACCAGUAAUUUAUUAUAAUAAGGGAUAGUGGUCAAGUUUUGUGACAGGUUUUUUUAGUGAUUUUGUCAUUGCCAUAUCGUACAUAUUUUCACUAUUUAAUCUCAUUACAUUAUUGUAAAUAGUGCUUAGACAACACAUUUUACACACAAGUAAGAGUGUGGUCGUGCCAAAUUAGAGUAAGUUACUAAGUUAUGUCAGUACUUUUAGAAUAGAUUUAGGUAUUACCGUGUAAUAUUUGUAUCGAAAACGUUGUUAAUAAAAUAGAUAUACCAAAUAAGUUAGUUAAUU